GCGCGGGCGGGGAGGCGCGGCCAUGGCGCAGCCCCGGGUGCUGCCCCAGAGCAAGGAGACCCUGCUGCAGUCCUACAACAAGCGCCUCAAGGACGAUGUCAAGUCCAUCAUGGACAACUUCACCGAGAUCAUCAAGACGGCCAAGAUCGAGGAUGAAACUCAAGUCUCUCGAGCAACCCAGGGUGAACAAGAUAACUACGAGAUGCAUGUCAGAGCUGCAAAUAUUGUCCGAGCUGGCGAGUCCCUGAUGAAGCUUGUGUCUGACCUGAAGCAGUUCUUGAUCCUCAAUGAUUUCCCCUCUGUGAAUGAGGCCAUCAACCAGCGCAACCAGCAGCUGAGGAGUCUGCAGGAGGAGUGUGACAAAAAGCUGAUUGCACUGCGGGAUGAGAUCUCCAUUGACCUGUACGAGCUAGAAGAAGAAUAUUACUCUUCCAGCACUUCUAGUUGAAAGCAGAAGAAAACAAAUAUAAACCUGGUUAUUUUGGCUGCACUUUCCAAGCUAAGUGAAGUCAGUGCAAUAAUUCUAGGACAUCUAAACAAACACUUAACUUUUAAAAAUCUUAUUUAAAACUUUACUGACCGGGUUUUUCUGUGUUUGCCUUUUCCUUUUUUCUAAGAAUGCUGAAUGCCUGUAACCCCAGCUAAAUCAACUAAAUUGCUCAAUAUCUUUGAAAGCAAGGCCAUUGUUUAUGAGUAAUAUAUGUAUUUUAAGAGUAAAAAGAUAAUAAUAUGACACAGCUUAGAAGUAAAAGUUUAGAGUUAUUUUUCAAACUUCAUUCAGUUUUUUGAGGAGGUUGUGAUGAUCACAAACACAAGCACCUGAGAAGGUGCUGAUAUGUCCAUGAGAUAGCAGUGAGCUUAUCCAAAGGGAUGUGGUGUGGGAUGAGAGUGCCCCACAUGUGCCAGGUGUGUUUCCCUCAGCCUGUCCCCAGACUGCCACCACUGUGUGCUGGUCACUCUCACGUCAGGCCUGUGGGGUUCUGUCCAUGCUGGCAUGGUCUGUUCACCUGCCUGGCCCCAGGUGCACCAUAAAGCAACCCUUGCUGGCAGAACUAACAUGAAAGCACAAAUGUUAGUGUACAUCAGAUGGAUUUGCCUUCCUGCUCUUUCUUGCGGGUCAUGAGGUGAGGAAACCUGGCAACUCUGCAGAGCUAUGAUCUGACACUUUGUUAUCUCGUAGUACUUGGUCGUUUGCUUUUAGCACUUCCUCCCUUCCUGUGCUCUUUCCUGUCUUUUUCUGCACCAAAGAAAUGGUGUCUGUGUAAAUACCGAAACUGUGAUUUAUUCAAAGUCCUUUUAUAAUUAGAAUACUACAAUAUUUUUAAUGAAAUCUUAUUGUCUAAUGUGAGGGAAAGGCUUUCUGUUCUGUCACAGCCAUGUCUCAGUGGCUGUCAACACAACAGCCUAUUUUCCCCCAAAGAGGAGCUCCUUGAUGUCCUGGGAAUGCCUCUUCAGUUGUAGGGUCAAGUGUUUGCCAGGUUUUUUAUGUGCACAUGGGGCUUUUGAUGAGACCCAAAUGCAGGUCCUUGAAACUAAACCUGAGACGAUUGUCCUGAAGGAAUCUUUGCUUUGCUGCCCUGUGAUCUAGAUUUCUAGAGCUGUCCCUCUGCACUCAGACUGGCUGGGUGCCUCAGGGGAGUGGUGAAGUCACUUCCAUGCCCUGAGGAGCUGUCCCAGGACAGAGCAGCAGGCUGGCCAGUGCUCCUGGGCUGUGCAGAGCUGCUCCCUGACCCUGACUUUUGAGGAGUGUUAGCUGAGAGGUGGAGCUUAGACUCUGGAACUGUUCUAACUGGGGCAGCAGGAGAAGCAGUCAUGCUUCUGACACAGAUGAAACGUGGUUAGCAACUCCCCUGCCAUGAUGUGUGGAUGCUGUGGUCAGGUUCUCCUGGGAAAUGGUGGCCUGAGGACUAUGACAGAGCAGGAAUUAUAUUUCUGGUUCAGUCCUGAUGGUCUUUGUUAACUGAACCCAGCUCCACUGUGUUGGGGGCUGAUCUUCCAAAGGAUUGUACAGAAGCUCCAGGUAUAAAACCUGUAUCCACUGCCCUCUCACUUCUCCUGCAAAGCCAGCUGGGUGAUGCUGCCAGAAAAGAGCUCAGCUUGCACCUAGUGCUUUGUGUGCUUGUUCCCCAAGUGAUAACUGCAAGUCCAGCUUGCCUUCUCUCAUCCUAACUUCCAGACCUGCAUUUGUGUUCCAUUCCUCCUUCCUCUGAGAUCACAGGAGCUGUCUUGAGUGUGGGGUUAAAUCUCACAUGUUUCAUGUUUGUGCAAUAUGAACUGUCUCAUAUUUCUAUACUUAAAAUAUUUCCCUAAGCAUCAGUCCAUACAUUACAAAUAUAAAUAAAGCUGCAACAACAAAA